AUUAAUGGAUAAUCAUAUUGUAUCUCCAUCUCCAAGACCAAGAUCUACUUCACCAACUUUCUUUAUCUCAACUGAACACAACCUAGGAUGCUUGUGCUUACACCAUAUUUGACUUUCCUUUCAGUUUCCAUUGCUGGUUGAUUGCAAUCUUCAACAUGCUCACCCUUGUUCAAUUCUUAUCAGUGUUGUUGCUACUUUUGGUCCCAGUUUCAUCACAGGUUGACCAGCUUCUAUUUCCUGGAUUCAAAGAUGUUGUUGUGGGUGCAAGAAGCAAUCUAACCUUGAGUGGAGUAGCAGAGAUACAGAAAAAUGGAAUCCUCAGAUUGACAAACGACACAAGCAGAUUAAUGGGUCAUGCUUUCUACCCUUCACCUUUUCAGCUCAAGAACACUACCACUGGUAAAGUUUUCUCGUUUUCUUCCUGUUUUGCUCUUGUUGUUGUCCCUGAGUAUCCCAAGCUUGGUGGGCAUGGCUUAGCUUUUGCAAUUGCACCUUCCCUUGAUCUCAAUGCUCUACCUAGUCAGUAUCUUGGUCUCUUCAAUCCCACUGAUGUUGGUAACUUCUCCAACCAUCUCUUUGCUGUUGAGUUUGACACUGUUCAAGAUUUUGUGUUCGGAGAUAUUAAUGAUAACCAUGUUGGAAUCGACAUCAAUGGUUUGCAAUCCAAUGCUUCUGCUACCGCAGGUUACUAUGCUGAUGAUGCUGCUAAUUUAACCAAACAAGAUCUCAAUAUCAAAGGUGGGGUACCCAUUUUAGCUUGGGUUGAUUAUGAUUCUGCACAAAAUUUAGUAUCUGUAACGCUUUCUCCUUCUUCAACCAAACCCAGAAAGCCAUUGUUGUCUUUUCAUGUUGAUCUCUCUCCCAUUCUUCAUGAUACUAUGUAUGUUGGGUUCUCUGCAUCCACUGGUUUGCUAGCUAGCUCCCAUUAUAUAUUGGGUUGGAGCUUUAAAAUCAAUGGACCAGCACCACCCCUUGAUCUCUCUGCUCUCCCACAGCUUCCGCGGCCGAAGAAGAAACAACCGGCGUCUCUCAUAGCAGGGGUUUCGGUCGCGGUGGUUGUUAUUGCAUUAUGUUGCAUUGCUGUUGGCAUUUACCUGUACAGAAAAAUCAAGAAUGCUGAUGUUAUAGAGGCGUGGGAGCUUGAAGUUGGGCCACACAGGUACUCCUACCAAGAGCUCAAGAAAGCUACAAGAGGUUUCAAGGAGAAAGAGUUACUGGGGAGAGGUGGUUUUGGCGGUGUUUACAAAGGAACAUUGCCAAAUUCGAAGAUUCAAGUUGCGGUUAAGCGAGUUUCACAUGAAUCUAAACAAGGCCUGAGGGAAUUCGUGUCCGAAAUAGCCAGUAUAGGCCGGCUUCGCCACCGGAAUUUGUGUCAGUUACUGGGCUGGUGCCGCCGUCGGGGUGACCUUCUACUUGUCUAUGAAUUCAUGGCUAAUGGGAGCUUGGACAGGUACUUGUUUAAUGGGGCAGAGGUUGUGCUGAGUUGGGAACAGAGGUUUAAGAUAAUAAAGGAUGUUGCUUCAGCUCUUUUGUAUCUACAUGAAGGCUAUGAGCAGGUGGUGGUACACAGGGAUGUGAAAGCUAGCAAUGUGCUUCUAGAUUUUGAACUCAAUGCAAAGCUAGGUGAUUUUGGAUUGGCUAGAUUGUAUGAACAUGGAGCUAACCCAAGCACAACAAGAGUGGUGGGUACCUUAGGCUAUCUGGCACCAGAAUUGCCUAGAACAGGAAAGGCAACUACAGGCUCUGAUGUUUUCGCUUUCGGUGCACUCUUGUUGGAGGUCGCUUGUGGGCGAAGGCCUAUUGAACCGAAGGCAUUACAAGAAGAGUUGAUUUUGGUGGAUUGGGUGUGGGACUCAUUCAAAGAAGGAAGAGUACUUGAUGUGGUGGACCCUAAACUAAAUGGCAAAUUUGAUGAAAGGGAGGUGCUCAUGGUGUUGAAAUUGGGUUUAAUAUGCUCUUAUGAUUUACCCACUGCAAGGCCUAGCAUGAGGCAAGUAGCGAGGAUCUUGGAUGGAGAGGUUGAGUUGUCUGAUGACUUGAGAAAGCCAGGAGGUAUAGAUCAACAGGAAGGGUUUGAUGAAUUUUGUCACUCACUUGCAUCUUCUUCAUUUGAUAAGAUGAGCUCAAGCUCCUACUAUGGAAAUAGAGACAUAGACACUGCUUUUCUUUCUUAUGGUAAUUCACCUCGUUCCCUUCUCCAUGAUAGAGGAGAAACAAGGUGAUGUAUUAUAUUCAACUUUAUACUCAUUACUGUGAUGAGACAAACUUUCUGUACUUUUUAAUUCUCAAGUAAGUUAUUUUUGUA